AUGUGGGUCUCAUUAGUUGGUACUGCAAGUUCCGAGCAACUCAAGGACUAUGUCAAAUGCUCUAAGAAAGCAAAGAAAGUACUUCCAUCAGUUGUAAACAAAGAAGUAGCUGAAUUUGAAGAAAGCACUGACAAUGCAGUUAGAAGUGUAAAGGUUUUGUAUUGUAAAGGAUUAAUUAGUAAAGAAAAAUACAAAUCUGUGAGGCAAAGCCUGUACAUGAAAUCUGAUGGAAAUAGUGCUCGUAGAAGCUGUAUUAAGGUAUCAGGAGUGAAAGUACCCAAAAUUCUUACUUACGAAAAGGUUAUUUCUUUUCUCAAAUCUAUUCAAGUUGGUGAAGUAAUUGAUAUGAAAUCAGAAUUUUGUGGAAACUUAUGGGAGGAUGAACAAGUGGAAGGAGCUUUCAGGCAACUUGAGGACUUUCUACUUGAACUCGCAAAUUUGUACAUUCAUGUCGAUAAAGUAUUAAGCAAGGAAGGAUCACCAUUUUUUCAUCAUUUUAAUGAGGCUCCAUACCAAUUCAAAGUAGCCAUUGGUGCUUACGGUGCACCAUUCGGAAAGGACGAUGAAGCGACUGCGUCGCUUCUUUCUUUUAUCAAUGUAGGAGAACGAAUUGCGAGCCACAAUGAAAACUUCCUCCUUGCUGGAGCAAAUUGCUCCGAGUCUCAAGUUGUCAUGAAGCUCUAUGCGAAAAAAUUAGUUUCUGACAUUGCUUAUGUUGAAAGUAAGAGGUAUACUAUGGCAGGGUACCCUGUGCAAUUUAAGUUCAAAUUAGUUCCCUCUGAUAUGAAGUGGUUGGCCACAUUUGCUGGUGAGUUGAGUAAUGCUGCACAUUACUUCUCUUCUUUUGCAAAUGUUCAUGAUGGAAACAAAUACACUGUAAAUGGGGCAAUUGGUGAGGGUGAAGAGUUUACAUGGCAACCAUGGAAUUACAAUAACAGGUUCACUGUGGCAGCCAGGGUGAAAGCCAAAGAAAAUGAACUUAAUGCCACACGUCUAGCCCCCUCAACCAAGCGAAGCAAACUUACGCAGUUUAUUAAAGAUCAGAAAUCUAGACAAGAAUGUGAACCUAUCAUUGCCCAUUUGGUAGACUUUGCUUUUGCAGAACCACUACAUAAUUCAAACAAUGCUUGGCAGUAUAUCCAUUCUAUACUAUUGGAGGAAGCAAUUUCACGAAGCAACAUCCCUGUUACGGGUGUUGACUUAUCAACCCUGCCUGAUGAAACUCCUCUCAAAAAAUUUGUCCUUUCAACAAAGAAUGAUGUUGGUGCAUCUAGACUGUAUAAGAAAAUAAAAAAAUGGCUGAAGGAAGGGAGAAAAAAGAAAUUUGAAUAUCGAUUUACAGGUAAAGAAACCAAGUGCUUUUGCCACAAAUUUAUGUUUCUUAUUGAUUCCCUAAGGAGAGAAAAUGACCUGGGGCCUGAAUCACUUAGACUUAUGUCAGUUGCUUUUGCUGCUCUGCAAUUACGUGAUGCAGUAUCAAAAUUCAGUAGAGUUGAAACUAAUGCAGCAAUUUGUCAAGAACUUAAGUUUCACUGCCAAUUAUUCUUUAACACUUGUUCCCUACUUAUGAAGUCAGUUAACCCUACAGUGUGGACUGUGGGAUAUGCAAUUCCAUUCCACAAUGCAGCAUUGUUUCGAGAAUUUGGAUUUGGCCUUGGCAUUAACACUAUGCAAGGUCGCGAGGCCAAGCAUGUAACUCUGUCAUCAUUUGCACGUCAUGCAACACUCUCAACUCGGUGGAGCUUAGUCAUGCGCCAUGAGUACAUCAGCGCUAUCUGGCUUAGGAAAAUUGACCCAUUUCAUUUUCGGUAUGCCAAGUGUAAGGAUAAGUACAUACCAAAAGAAGCUCAUCUCCCUGAGUUUUGUUAUUGUGGUUUUAAACUAGAUGAAAAUGAAGCCAAAUGUUUUUACUGUUCCUCAAGCCUCUAUGAGGCCAUUUCUAGAUCUGCACAGAAAGGAGAACUUGAUGAUGAAAUCUGUAACAUGCUUAGUGUAUCUUCAUAG